AUGCUCCGCCGUUCAUUUUGGCGGUGUAUCCCUGUGACAAACCGCACAGUGCGGGAUUCCCUCUGCGCCUCCGCGAUUGAUCAUUGCACGCCCGUUGUGUAUUCCUCGCUGCCAAACGGCUGCCGAGUGGCGACGGAAUAUUUUCCCAGCUGCCAGUUUGCCACUGUCGGCAUCUGGAUUGAUGCGGGGAGCCGCUUUGAGGACCUGCAGAACAACGGGGUCGCCCACUUCUUAGAGCACAUGAACUUUAAGGGCACACAAAAGUACUCCAAGAAGGCAGUGGAGGACCUCUUUGAGCAAAGCGGGGCCCACUUCAACGCCUACACCUCGCGUGACCGCACGGCGUAUUACGUGAAGGCUUUCAAUGAAGAUGUGGAACGGAUGAUUGAUGUGGUGGCGGACCUUCUUAAGAACGGGCGUUACGACCCGCGGGACUUGGAGUUGGAGCGACCGACGAUUUUGGCUGAGAUGCGGGAGGUGGAGGAGCUCGUGGAUGAGGUGCUCAUGGACAAUCUUCACCAGGCGGCAUACGAUGCCCAGUCCAGCGGCCUUCCUCUCACCAUCCUUGGCCCCGUUGACAACAUUGCAAAGAAUAUCAAUCGAGAGAUGAUCAUGGACUUUGUGCAGGUACACUACACGGGCCCCCGCAUGUCUUUCGUCUCCUCCGGUGGCAUUCACCCCGAUGAAGCCCACCGACUUGCCGAAAAGUUUUUUGGCAAUCUUUCUGCGACAAACAACCGACCCCCGCUUCAGGCGCUUUACCGUGGCGGAUACACGGUGAUGUGGAAUGAGCAGAUGGCAACGGCGAAUACGGCCCUUGCCUAUCCCAUAUGUGGCGCCUCACACCCAGAUAGCUAUGCGCUGCAGCUAGUGCACAACGUUAUUGGGCAGUUUCGAGAGGGACAGUACGACCAGUUUGCGUACCAGCACCUGAACCCCAAACUUCCAUGGGAUAAGCUGCCGAAUAUUGUGCAAAUGCGUCCUUUUUACACGCCCUACGAGGAGACCAGUUUGCUUGGGUACCAGCUCAUCACCACACCCAUGCCCUCCGCCGGCACACAUGCGUCGCCUCGCGACGAGAGCCAAGAUGUUUUACUCAACUACCUCAUGCGGACAAUACAUGAGUUAGCGACCACCUCUGUGAGUGCGACUAUACUGGAGGGGGCCAAAAAGCGAGUUCAAGGCGUCCGUCAUGAUGAUGCGGGACAGUACGACAAAUAG